AUUUGGUAAAAUUCUCUCAAUACGUGUACACAUUUAGAAUUUUGAAAUGGUAACCCUAAACUAAUUUCAAUAUGGCAGCACAGUUCAUACAUGUCAAAUUGAAGACGCGAAUUUCGCUAAAAUAUAAACUACAAAAAACAUCUGCUUCAAUAAAACGUACAAAUUAGUAAAAUUGUAAACAAGUGUUAGAAAAAUGACAGAAGUUCCAAAAACUAAACGUUAUCGUCGCGAGGACAAUGAAAAUCAUUCAGAUAACGAGGAUGACGACAGUUACGUACCUUAUGUGCCGGUUAAGGAGCGUAAGAAACAACAGUUAAUGAAACUUGGUAGAAUUGUACAACUCGCUUCAGAAGCAUCAGCACAACCAAAGUCCUCUAGUGAAAAUGAAGGAGAUGAAGAUUCACAAGGCGCAAAUGAAGCGGAGUUAUGGGGGCGUAAGUACAACAUCAGUUUGCUGGACCAACAUACGGAAUUGAAAAAGAUUGCUGAGGCGAAGAAGAUAAGUGCGGUGGAGAAGCAGCUAAAAGAAGAGGAGAAGAUUUUAGAAAGUGUCACACAACAAAAAGCUUUAAUGGGUGUAGCGGAAUUGGCCAAAGGUAUACAAUAUGAAGACCCUAUCAAAACAAGUUGGCGUCCACCACGUUAUCUGGCGGUUAUGACGGAAGAGCGACGCAAUGCAAUACGUAAACGCUUAAGAAUACUCGUCGAAGGUGAUGAUGUAGCACCACCAAUACGUAGCUUUCGUGAAAUGAAAUUUCCUAAAGGCAUACUAAAUGGACUCUCCGCUAAGGGCAUUAAAAAGCCUACGCCCAUUCAAGUGCAAGGUAUACCGGCCGUACUUUCUGGUCGCGACCUAAUUGGUAUUGCAUUUACUGGUUCGGGAAAAACGCUAGUUUUUGUUUUGCCUAUUAUAAUGUUUGCGUUAGAGCAAGAAUAUCGACUACCGUUCGAACGAAAUGAAGGUCCAUAUGGACUGAUAAUUUGUCCAUCGCGUGAAUUGGCAAAACAAACCUUCGAUAUUAUUAUGCAUUACAGCAAACAUUUACAACAAUGUGGCAUGCCUGAAAUACGCGCUUGUUUGGCGAUUGGUGGCCUACCGGUUUCAAGCGCAAUGGAGGUUAUACAAAGAGGUGUGCAUAUCAUGGUCGCGACACCGGGUCGUUUAAUGGACAUGUUAGAGAAGAAAAUGGCCACAUUAGAUAUAUGCCGUUAUUUAUGUAUGGAUGAGGCUGAUCGCAUGAUAGACAUGGGUUUCGAAGAAGAUGUGCGUACCAUCUUUUCGUUCUUCCGCGGACAACGUCAAACACUACUCUUCUCCGCUACUAUGCCCAAGAAAAUACAGAAUUUCGCACGCUCAGCUCUGGUAAAGCCGGUAACUAUCAAUGUCGGACGCGCCGGUGCGGCUUCAAUGAAUGUGACACAAGAAGUGGAGUAUGUUAAGCAAGAAGCGAAGGUGGUGCACCUUUUGGAUUGUCUGCAAAAAACUGCGCCACCCGUGCUUAUAUUCGCUGAGAAGAAACAGGAUGUUGAUUGCAUACAUGAAUAUCUGCUGCUCAAAGGCGUUGAAGCUGUUGCAAUUCAUGGCGGUAAAGAUCAAGAGGAGCGUUCACGCGCCGUCGAAGCUUAUCGUGAGGGUAAAAAGGACGUGCUAGUCGCUACCGAUGUCGCCUCAAAAGGUUUGGAUUUCCCGAAUGUGCAACAUGUCAUUAACUAUGACAUGCCCGAUGACGUUGAAAACUAUGUGCAUCGUAUUGGUCGUACGGGUCGUUCGAACACUAAGGGACUUGCCACCACAUUUAUCAAUAAAACUGCCGAACAGUCGGUGUUGUUGGACUUGAAACAUCUAUUAAUCGAAGCUAAACAAAAGGUACCCGAAUUUCUCAAUGAACUAUGUCCAGAACCGGAGAAUUACUUGGAUCUUGGCGAUUCACAUGGUUGCAGUUAUUGUGGUGGUUUGGGUCAUCGUAUCACCGAGUGUCCAAAACUGGAAGCUGUGCAAAGCAAACAAGCUUCGAAUAUUGGACGCAGGGAUUAUCUAUCGAAUACUGCUGCAGAUUAUUAAGUUGCACACGGUGUGUUCUGCUUUUUUGUAGUUUCGAAUUGAGCUCGUUUGUAUGUUUUUAUGAAUGUUAACUUUUGUAUACAACUUUAAUUAUUAAAUUUAAUAUAUAAAUAUAGUGUAUAUCUAUAAAUCUA